AUGGUGUUCGGCAAGCUGAACGAGGAAAGCGAGUUCAAGCUUGCCAAGGUUGCACAGAGGCUGCAGGCUGUGAUGCGGCCGAAUCAGAAGAAAGCCAGGCCCAUGUGUAGGAAGGAGCAGAAAGAUUCAGGAGAACCGGCAGAGCCCGAACCGGUUCCUGCUGAAGACGAUGAUUGCAUCAUGCUGGUGGAUGACGACGAGCCCGAGUUGUUGCCGGAAGAACCAGCCCUGCAGGAAGGCCAAACGGAAGCGAUUGGUCCUGCAGCUUCGUUGGUGGAUGAUCAUGAUGAUGAGCCGGAUCAUUCGGGUCAGGAAGAGCCAUCUCUCAUGGAAGGCCAAGCGGAAGCGAUUGAGCCUCUUCCUCCGCGAGCUGGAGAUGAUAAUGUCGUCAUCAGCGAUGACGAAGUUGAGGACGAUCGUGUUAGCCGUGCAGCUGAGACUGCACCCGAGGGUGUCCCGGAGCCGAGCUGCACUAAGGACACCGCUGUAAGCCACCCACCGGACACGGAAGCUUUUGUAAUAGGCUCGGAGUCGGAAGAUGAGACUCGUCCGGAAAGCUCCGGACAAGAUGAGAUGGUGUCUUGGCCAGGUGACCGUGCUGAAAUGCACCCCAACCCUCAUCCUUUCCGCCGCUGCGACACCAGCUGCUCCAGCAUUCUUAUCGACUCACCUGUAAAAGUGAGUGUGGCCAAGUCUUGUGAUGAGCUUUCAAGUGCAUUGCCGGGCAGCUGUGCUUCCUUGGAGGGUGCUCUUCAGAGCCUGAGUUUGUCACCUGCCACUGGAAAGACGGUGGCUGCAGCAUCCUCUUCACAGACGCCGCAGCCAAAUCUAGUCAUUGACAAGUACCCGGCCAUCAAGCCCCCUGCAGCAGACUUCCUGCGCGAGGUGGAGCAGGAGACUUCGACCGCUGAUCCCCCGCCGUACAAUGCCAACGGCCAGCAGGCAGGGAAAAAGAGACGACGCCGUGGCAAACAGAACGAGGGUGGCAAGAAGCAGAAGGUUGCUUGCGACGAAGAGGGCGGCGAUGAAGAUUGCGAUGAGGGUGGUGAGGCUGACCAGGACGGACAUGAGGGGAAAGAAGAGGAGCGCCAGCAGCCGAUCUUGCAGAAGCCUAAGGCUGCGACGAAGCCGCCAGCAGCAAAGAAAAACAAGGCGAAGGAGGCAGCGAAGCCUCCGGCACAGAAGCCAAGCUCGAAGGGCAAGGCGGGCAAAAAAUCGAUCCCACCUGUUGAGGAGAAGGACAAGGACGACUGUGCUGAGCCGAUCAAAGAGGAUAAAGAGGAGAAGCAGGGCAAGGACGGCGACGGUGAGCCGAUCAAGGAGAAGAAGCAGGGCAAGGACGGCGACGGUAGUGAUGCUUCGAUUCCUUCCUUGGAGGAGGUCAAAGCCAAAGGUGGUUUCGUGCCUCCGGAUCAUGUGCAUGGCAACAACAUUUACUCGAAUGCCUACAGGCAGUCGUUGAAGGAGAGCAACGAUAUCGAGGCGGCCAAGAAGCGGGGCAGGUACGCAACUGCUAUUUUCAAGCAGUAUCGUCUGGUGAUCCCUGGCAUGUGCGGCAACUUUCGUGCCCCUCGUCUGGCCAAAAGGGCCACUGGGGAUGCAAAGCCAAAAGGCGAGACUGCAGACAAGAGUGUCGCAUAG